GCAGGAAGUGACUUCAUUUCAGAGAUUACAUGAUUGAAGCCGGAUGAACUCUCUUCAUCCACAAAGACCUCUUCAUCCACAAAUUUUUCUCUGUCCCCUCUUUCUACUUUCAUAAAGACCAAGUUGUAGACUGAAGACAUUGUUCUACUAAGACUGAUACAAUCAAGAACAACCUCCUGGACAUUAAGAUCAACAACUCGGCUGUUUUCAACAAACUACAAUUUUUUUACAUCGUAUGGGAAACCAAUCAGUAAAAAGGAUGGGCCGUGGCGGAUCUUUGUUGCCUGAGUCGGCGUGUAUUCCAGGACGCGAUCAGCCUACUCCGCAGGCGCCUGGGAAGAAUGCUACUCAUUUUUAUGCACACUAAAUAUUUCCUUUUCCAGCAUCCCAAUUAAUAGGGUAUAAUGAAUUAUUUCUAUUUCAUCAGUAGAAGAUUUAAUUCCAUCGAUUCACGAUCCCUACCCUCAGUUUAUCCCUCCACAACUUAAGUAGGUCAAUGAGGAUUUUGAACGGCUCUAAUCUCUCAUCAAAGGAACCCCAUUGUAUGGCCCCUUUCCGCCGAAAUACGAGACGGCCUUGAUUGGCAUGGGCUGCUUUUGGUGCUCCGAGAACCUCUUCAUGAAGCGAGACGGCGUCUUUUCGACACAGGUAUUUCUUCGUAGAUGGUGUGUUCUCGACACGUGUAUUUCAGGACUAUGUCGAAUGUCGACACAGAAGAAAUCACAUCAAAGUAACAGUUGGCCGCGAAGCAGCUAAAAACUUCAAUUUUGGUGUUGUAUGACCUUGUUAGUAGUAGAUGGAGGUGUCUUCCUCUUUUCGACAUGGGUACUUCAAACGUUAUAGAUCUAGUACUAGAUGACAAUUUCUUCUUCUUUUUAGUUAUGUCAGUCUUCUGCAACGAAAGGUCGGCUACGCUUGUGGCGUGACGCGGAAUCCGAGCUACGAGAAUGUCUGUAGCGGGAUGACAAAUCACAACGAAGUUUGCCGAAUUGUGUAUGAUCCGGAAGUUCUCAGCUUCCGAGACAUCCUCAAAACUUUUUGGACAAAGCACGACCCGACGACCCUAAACCAGCAAGGAGGCGAUCAAGGGACGCAAUACAGGUGAGAAGAUUAUGAUAUUUAAGUAUCUAUUAGUUAAGGUUCCACCACUAAAAAUAUCGUGGCUACUUUUCUUGUCGUUGUAAUCUUGAAGCGGUAAGAAUUGUGGCACGUCUGAGCCUGUGGUGAGCAGAAAAUAGACACCACAGGAUCAGGAGAUUUGUUGUAAACUUUUUUUCGGAAUACGUAUAAAUACAGGAGUGGAUGAUGCAAUGAAUUAUGAUAGAUAAGUUUAGAUGCGGCUAGCAGGCAAAAGCUCAAUUCAUGUAACAAGUUUGUAAAUGAAACAUAUACCAGCACAACAUGAAUACUGCAUCAAUGACCAUGACAUACAGCACUGCAUCAGUGACAUCAAUGCAUCAACAAUUCAAUGAUUCAUACGUAGACGACACUGCGACUGCGUCGAACACUACUACACCAGGUCUGGCAUUUACUAUUAUUCCGAGAAGCAGAAAGCGAUAGCAGAAGAGACCAGGGACAAAAUGCAAAAAGCAAUUGACGAGGCCUAUGGAGAGGGCAGUAAGAUUAUGGCAUAGAUGGAUAUGUUCUGAACUAUUUUUCUGAAGUAUUGUCCUGAACUAUCUUUCUGAACUAUUUUUCUUAACUAUUGUUCUGCACUAUUUUUCUUAACUAUUGCUCUGAACUAUUGUUGUUGGUCUGCACUAUUGUUGUUGUUCUGCACUAUCGUUCUGAAAUCAGAUGGUCGUCGUAAAAAGAGUAGGUAUCUUCUUCAUAAGGGGUGGGGGUCGUGUCUGUUUGUGUUAAGUAUCUUAUUCUUCAUAGGGCGUGGCCCCCGUGUCUGCCGUGAUGAGAGCUUCAAAACGCUAUCAAAGAUUUUCUCAACGUGAAAAUUAAAUCUACAUCUAGUAAAUUUCUCAUUCUCACACUCUACCUCCACCUCAAGGAAGCCUGAAGAAUUCCUUCUCUCCCACCUCCAACAUGUUGGAAAUUAUCUAGUCUAACCAAAAGAUCUCGACUGAGAUAGUGCCGGCACCUUCGGACUUCUGGAUGGCGGAAGAGUACCAUCAGCAAUACGACGCCAAGCCAGGUUCGCGGGAAUAUUGCGGUUUGCGUCCCCUGUUCAAGGUGAGCGCUGCUUCUCUCUAGGGAGAAGCACUAGUACUAUGUAUGAUCGUACAACUACAACGAAUAUUACUACUGGUAGAACUACUACAAGUCUACAACUACUGUACUACGACUACUAUACUACGACUACUAAACUACGACUACUAAAUAAGCUGCUCAAAGUGAUCAAGACAAGGUGACUGCUCACUGUAAGCUCUGCUGCUGCGGGAGUUCUCCAGUGAAGAUUCCUGAAUGUUGUUGUGUCUUAGGCACCUUUGCGGAACACUGUGAAAUUGUCUUCGUCGAACGAAUAUUACUACUGGUAGAACUACUACAAUUAAGGCUCAACUUUCAAUGGUCACCAACACCAUUGAGAUUGGGGUCACUGAGAUCGAGGAGGCGACCCCUGGACGAGAGAACAGGGGAAAACGAAGGGAAAGAAGGGGGUCUCUUCCGUUCAGCAUCAGUGAUGGAGGGGCAAGAAGAGUCUAGGAGUGGUCGAGGAGCCUGUGUGCUCUCCGAGUAGAAACUCAAUUUGAGAAGGAUCAAUAGAUGUGUUGAAAUUUAGAAGGCAUGUAGCUCCUUUUUACACUCGUCACAUCCGGGUAUAUCAAUCAUCAUGGAAAGCGGUUGAAGGGCGACGCAGUCAGAUAGUCCUCUUCAAGGGUUACCUUGAGGUAAUCAAUGUUCCCGCACUUAUUUCUUGUAAGAGACAAACUCGAUGGGUGUUGAUAUCAAGAUGAGUGCUUCUUCCAUCGCUUGCUUAUCGUAGCUUUGACACCGUCCGCGCGAUGGAAAGUGCUACAGGUAAUACAUCAUUUGCAUCAACGACAAGAAGAUCAACUCAAAACGGCAAAGGUUCACCAUAGUUAGAACUACUCGCAUUCUAACUUGCUGGUUUCACGACUUGUAUUUUGAGUCAGACUAGAGAGACAAAACAGGAAUAACAGCCCAUGCUUCACGUAGUGGAUCAGCCUACUUUCGUUGGCGAAAAAAGCCUGGAAGUCAAGUUAGUACUCACAUAUUUCCCAUCAAAGAAAAGGAAUCUGGAAUCGAAGAAGAAGAGUUUACAUUUAGGUUCUUCACCAUGGUAGGCAUCUCGAUGGUAGAAGAAGGACUGGAUGACUUGGAGCCUGCAGCUUCUCGUGCAGUUUGAUCCUGAAGUUGUAGUUGCUCUCCCCCUCCAGCAAAGCCUCCUCCCCGAGACUUCUACUUUAGUAACUUCUACAUCAGCAUCAAUAAUGACAAUUAUUGAGUUCAUGUUGGCUUGCAACACUUAAUGAUCGACGUUACUUGAGUUUUCUAAACAAAAAUCAUAAUCAAGAUGAUGACGACAAUUUUUUCAAUGAAAAGAAUUGGUUCACUUAUGUUGAAGGAAUGAUGUUUAUUGUUGCUAUUCCUCCACCUUAUUUUUAAACGAUGUUGUCUAGUUUUUCAUCCUCUCACUUCUUGGUAGCUAGUUAGUAGGUUUGGAAUAGUCGUGGUAAGGGCAUUUCGAAAUCUUGGCAUUUCUUGCAAACCAUACAAACUUUGUUGGUGGAUGAGAACUAUGAGAAGUGUGAUGUGUGCAGUUCAGAUGGAGGAAAUGGAAAACUGAAAAUUAUCACUUCUGACAUAUGAAGAUCAUGUAAAUGAUGAUGUUUGUGUUAUUUCUAUAAUCAAUUGCAAU